AUGUCGCUGUGUGUUCGCUUCGUGGACAAGACGACGUCGACCGUUCGGGAGGAAUUUUUGGGGUUUUCGAGCACGACAAGUACAACAGGCGAGGUUCUGGCAAACGCAUUCAGUGAUAUCCUCACUAAACUAGGUGUACGCCCUAAGAACAUGCGUGGACAGGGAUACGACGGGGCCAGUAAUAUGUCUGGGAUCCAUCGUGGAGUGCAGGCAAGAAUCCGACAAUUGAUACCAGAGGCAGUGUAUACUCAUUGCAAGGCUCACUGCCUGAACCUAGCCAUAAUACACGCUUCGAAAGAAAGGUAUGCUAAGAACAUGAUGGAUACUGUCCAGCAGGUAGCCUUUGCCUUCAACUACUCCGCCAAACGACUGCUGUUGUUCCAGGAGACUUUGGCCGACGACAAUAUUAGCAAGGAGGCUAUGGCAGAGGGGACAAAGCUGCGUUCUUUGUGCGAGACCCGCUGGUCAGCAAGGGCCGAUGCUUUCCACACGUUCUUGGCCUCUUACAGGACAGUGGUCACGGCGCUAGAUCAGCUUUCAGCGGAGCAUGGAGACACGAAGGCGGGCAUGUACAAAAUGGCUGUACUGACAUUCGAUUUUAUCGUGACUCGUGGCAGUAGAGCAUGUUCUACAGGCCAUUGUGCCGCUUUCAAACGUUCUUCAGGCGGAAAAGUGCGAUCUUGUUAUGGCUGUGACUGACGCACGUGUAGUCUAUACUUUACUUCAGAUAUGAUUCAGAGCGAUGGACUUUCAAGUGACUUCGUUUCUGGCAUAUACCAAGCUUUUAGGGCAAGCUUACCUGUCGACGAAAAUGUUUUUUUCCGGGAAUGUUCAAGAUGGCGUCAGUGGUGGACAGAUGCAGGCCUCGCUGAGCACCGCCCAGAGGCCCCUAGCACCCUUCAAGAAGUCCUAAAACUGGCAAGCAGCGACCUCUACCCAUCCGUAAGAACGUGCUUGGUAAUACUUACGGUCAUGCCGGUUUCCACUGCAACCGAGGAAAGAUCUUUUUCCGUAAUGCGACGGGUGAAGACCUAUUUGAGAAGCACUAUGGGGACAGAGAGGUUAUCUGGUUUGGGCCUUCUGAACGUGUAUAGGGAGAAGGAGCUUGAUCCUGAUAGGAUUGUUGACAUUUUUGCUAAUAAUAAAAAUAGCAGGUUUGCGCUGUUAUUUAAAGACGAACAUUGCAAUCAGUAAAUAUUCAGAGGUUGCGGUUAGAAAUGAUG